AUGGAGCUGGGGAGGGAGGCGGAAGAGGAGGAGGGGGAGUCGGUGAGCGUCCAGUGCAGGUCGUUCACGAAGGAGUCGCUGAUCGACGCCAUCACGGAAGAAUCCGCAGGCCUGGAUGACACGCUGGCCAAGAUCGAGAAGCGGAUCGCGGUGGGGGGUUGCGGGGUGGUGUACAAGGGGACGUGGAAGGGCGUCCCGGUGGCCAUCAAGACGGUGGUGUUCCAGGACCUGGAGGACGUGACCAGCCGGCCCAGGCAGAGGGCCGUACUGGAGGCGGCGAUCAGCUCCAGCGUGGCGCACAGGAACAUUGUGCAGACGUACUCGUACUCGUUCAAGCGGCUGGAGGCCACCACCAUACAGCCCCCAGAGAAGAGGAAGCACCGCAUCAUCAACACGGAGUCGAUGGGAGGCACGGUGGACUGGAAGCUGUACAUUGUGCAGGAGUUCUGUGACAGGGGCAGCCUGAGGGAGUGCCUGGACAAGAGGCGGAUCCUGGACCCAGUGACGGAACAGCCCAUGUUUGGGGUAGUGUGCCAAAUUGGACUGGAGGCGGCUCUGGGCAUGCGCCACCUCCAUGCCCGAAACAUCAUCCACGGCGACCUGUCAUCAAAGAACAUUCUGCUCAAGACGACCCCCAACGACCAGGUGUCGUUGGGCACCGCCAAGAUUGCGGACUUUGGGUUGAGUAUGAAGCUCGGGGAGCUGCAGAGCCACAUCUCCAAUCAGCGGGCAGGGACACCAUUCUACAUUUCUCCAGAGCUGUGCCACCAGGGCGUGCUGUCGAAGAAAGCGGACGUGUUCUCUAUGGGCGUGUUCUUGUGGGAGCUUUACCACUCCAGGAAGUGCUACCAUAUGAACAAGAAAUCUGGGCUGCAGUACCACCCCCUAUUUCCCAAAUUCCCCAUCAUCUGCCCGAUUCCCUAUGCCAUGCUGUGCGUGGUGUGCAUAUCUCCGCAGCCCGAGAACCGGCCAGACUUCCGUUUCAUCGUGAGGGUUCUGAAAGCGUUGAAGAAGCAGUUCGAUGAAGGGAUGUAUUCCAAUCUCGACGACGUGCGCCAUGAAAACAUGACCCUGGCUGGAGGACUAGGGAGAAUGACGGCUGCAGACAUCGUGAAAAUGGUUGCUGACAAGGUGGGGGUAUCUGUUGCUGACAAUUCUGGAGCCAGCGCCUCCCUUUCCAAAGACAACCUUCAGCCCCAACCCACCUUGGAUGUUCAGAGCAUGAUGAAGUACCCUCAUGCGAUGUUCCUGCCAGCCAAAGAGCGGGAAGAAAUAGAGGGCAGCAUGUACUAUUCAGGAUCGUCUGGCAAAGAGGGACAGGAGGGGAUCCACCUCAGCCAGGCGUAUGUUGACCCCUUCCAGUGCGUGGUGACUGUCAAUGUGUCGACGGACAAAGAUCAUCACAGUGGCAGCGACAAGGAGCACAUCAACAUCGCCUGGAGUGUUGAGAAGUCUGUCACACACUCCCAGGGAGCGGAUGUGCUGAAAAACGAUGCUGCUCAGCCGAGCGGCACUCGGGGGGGAGGGUCUCCUGGGAGCAACUCUCGGGGCGGGUCUCCUGGGAGCAACUUUCGGGGUGGGUCUCCUGGGAGCAGCUUUCGGGGUGGGUCUUCUGGGAGCAACUCUCGGCAAGGCAGACCUCAGGCAGGCAGCAUAGAGGAGGCCAGCGUUGAGGUUGACAGUAGUCAGGCAGGUGUUCCCCAAGGAAGCAACCCUCAGGGUGUCAGCACUCAGGGAGGCAGUAGCGUGGCUGCCAGCAUCUCCUUCAGGACAGCCAAGUCUUCGAGUGUUUACAACAGCUGCGAGCGGGCAUCUGAACCUUGUGAAGAUGGGGAUACAAGCGUGUGGAAGGAAGAGGAACCAGGAGCUCGACCAGUCCACCAGGGACGGCAGACCAACGAAGACUUCCGCGCACGCUUGGCAUCGUUGAGGUCUGCAGGGCCUGCAAGGCAGGUGAGGGGGAAAACAGGGCCGUCGAGCAAGGUGCCAGUGCCAUUCAAGUUCAGACGGCCGCAGGAGACUGACUACCGCUUGUGGAGCGGUGGCAAAAGCGCUGGAGAAGCGCCUGAAGAGAAAGCAGACAUCUUGCAGGUUGUGCAAGCCAAUGAAGGUCCUAUGUGUGCGACUGCCACUUUGCUGCAGAAGAAUUUGGUCAGUUCCUGA